AGCCGCUCGGCUGCGAAACAAGCACCUGCUUGUGGGAUUCUUCCUCAAUUUCAUUCUGAUAUUUCGUCAUAGCAGUUGAAGUGUUGUCAAGUUUUGAACUUUAAAGCUUCUUUCUGUGAUUGAUAAGUCGAGCUAAGGCUUGUUUGUCAAGUAAUAAAAUGCUUGUGUUGUUUGAGACGCCGGCGGGUUUUGCCCUUUUCAAAGUGCUGGAUGAAGGGAAGCUUUCAAAAGUUGAGGACUUGUGGAAGGAAUUUAACAGUGCAGAAACAGCUAGACAGGUUGUCAAAUUGAAAGCAUUUUCUAAGUUUGAGAAUACUUCAGAAGCUUUGGAGGCUGCAACUUUGUUAAUUGAAGGUAAAGCUAGCAAAGGACUACGAAAGUUCUUGCGUGCACAUUGCGAAAAUGAAACCUUAGCUGUGUCUGAUUCAAAGCUUGGGAAUGUGAUAAAGGAAAAGCUGAAAAUUGAAUGUAUUCACAACAAUGCUGUGAUGGAGUUAAUGAGAGGUGUGAGAAAUCAGUUAAACGAUCUCAUAACUGGUCUGUCAUUGCAAGAUAUGGCUCCAAUGAGCCUGGGUUUAUCUCAUAGUCUGUCAAGAUACAAGUUGAAGUUCAGCGCAGACAAGGUAGACACCAUGAUUGUCCAGGCCAUUGGUCUGCUUGAUGAUUUGGAUAAAGAGCUAAAUACAUAUGCCAUGAGAGUUCGAGAAUGGUAUGGUUGGCAUUUCCCUGAGCUCACUAAAAUAAUACAGGAUAACAUCCAGUAUGCAAAGGCUGUCAAACUGAUGGGCGAUCGUGCUAAUGCUGCAAAACUUGAUUUCUCUGAGAUCUUGUCAGAGGAUGUUGAGGCACAACUGAAGGAGGCAGCCGUGAUAUCUAUGGGAACUGAAGUUGGUGAGCUUGAUUUGAUGAAUAUCCGUGAACUGUGUGACCAGGUGUUGUCGCUCUCUGAGUACAGAGCCCAGCUAUAUGAUUACCUAAAAAGCAGGAUGAACACCAUUGCACCCAAUUUGACUGCUCUUGUUGGGGAGCUUGUAGGUGCUCGCCUUAUUGCCCAUGGGGGCAGCUUAUUAAAUCUUGCGAAGCAGCCUGGAAGUACUGUGCAGAUUCUUGGUGCUGAAAAGGCUCUCUUUAGGGCCCUGAAGACCAAGCAUGCUACUCCCAAGUAUGGGCUCAUUUACCAUGCAUCUUUGAUUGGCCAGGCGGCUCCCAAGUUCAAGGGUAAAAUAUCUCGGUCACUUGCAGCAAAGGCUGCAUUGGCCAUCAGGUGUGAUGCUUUAGGAGAUGGCGAAGAUAACUCCAUGGGCUUGGAGAACAGAGCCAAGCUUGAAGCACGGCUGAGGAAUCUUGAAGGCAAAGAAUUAGGUCGAUUUGCUGGCUCUGCUAAAGGGAAGCCCAAGAUUGAAGCAUAUGACAAGGAUAGGAAGAAGGGAGCCGGAGCAUUGCUGACACCAGCUAAGACAUAUAAUCCUGCUGCCGACUCUACUCUUGGCCGAGCAGAUGUGAACACUGAACAGGAGCCAAUGAAAAUUGAAGAUGGAACCCCGGAGCCUUCUGUUAGUGAGAAGAAAGAAAAGAAAGAGAAGAAGAAAGGGAAGGAGAAGAAUGAAGAGGAUGCAGAUGCAGUUCAGGAUCAUGAUAAUGGAGUUGAGGGAAAGGAAAAGAAGAAGAAAAGGAAGCAAUCUGGUGAGAAUGGUGAGUUGAAUGGAGACAAUGAUGCGGAUGUGGGAGAAAAGAAGAAAAAGAGGAAAAAGCAUGCUGAGCAAGAAGAAUCAGCUGAAAUGCCCAAGAAAAAGAAAAACAAAAAGAAGAAAGUAGAGGAUCAAUAGGGAUUGAAUUUGUUGUUAUCAGCUAAUUCAUCUUGCUGGUAACAAUCAGUUUUGCAUUUCUCAGGCUACUCGGUGCUAAAAUUUUAUAUAAAUAUAUAUCAUCAUGUCUAAUUGUUUGUUUUCUCUUCUAAUGGGGUAUGUUGUGUUCAGGAAAUUUUGAUGCUGUGAUAUUUGUGCAUUAAACAUGCUGCUAGUUCUAAACUUUUUUCAAUUCUUGUUCAUACUCACGGCGCAUUCUUUUGCUAACAUGUUGAGCAUGUAACUUUUCAUUCAUCUUGAUGCAAUAUGUUACUGAGGUGAUCUGUCUU